AUGUCGAGACGAUUAGCUAGCUUUAAGCUGCCUGGUGUUGAAGUUCAGAGGCUUCCUGUAGGCGCCAGGCGUUCUCCAACCGAGAAACCGGCUAAAGAGGCCGAUGGCAAGUACACAUCUGCAUAUUCUCUAUUUAAAACUACACAUAAGCUGUCUGAGGAGGGGUACAGGAAGUAUGGCGUAGAACAGGGUCUCAUGCCCCCUUACUUGGCAAAUCCGGACUCCUUUGCCCCGGAUUCCAAGCAUCUUUACUCUGAUUUUGAUGACUGUAACGUGUACAACGUUGGAUCGGUCGUAAAAUUGGACACAAAUCAGCUUUUUGGUGAUCUUCCUGAGGGAUUGUGUGGCGACGCGGCUAAAGACAUAGCUCUGCUGCCGCAGGACGAGCCUCUAGGGCUGGUCAACAGGAAGUCUGCAAUUGAAAUCAUAUCGCAACUGAGACAAUACGCACUCAAUGUUGGUGGAGGCCUGAGGUCAAGGGGCGUCCUGCUGGAUGGCAAAAGGGGCUCCGGAAAGAGUUUCGUCUUGAACCACGUGGCUCUCUGGGCGCGCAGGAACGGCUGGAUGGUCAUCCAUGAGCCCAGCGCCUCAAAGUACGCGACGGAGGUCGGGAGCAUCAAGAGGUCGAACGCAGGCGUGUACAUACAGCUGGAGUUCGCGAAGUCGUUUCUGGAGCGCGUGUUGAUGAAAAAUGAGCAUUUUUUGGCCCAGAUGCCAGUUGUUAGGCCGCUGUACGGGCUGGUCUCCCUGGACGGCAAUCACCUGAGCUACAGCAAGAGGAUGUUCGACCCAGUGAUUGAGAAGAUAAUAAAGGAGGAGCUGGAUAUUUUAAAGGAGGACUCGAACCCGGACGAGCUGGAAUGUGCUCGCGAGAAGCUGAAUCUGUGGAACACCUACAGGAAGCAGUUCAAAAUACCCGUUCUCAGGUUCGCCCAUCACCCAGACCAAUUUCUCAGUGACCGAUUGCAAAGCCCUAAAACGCUCUUGGAGAUUGCCGACUUCGGUGUAAACAACGAGACUUUCGCAAAUCAGGCGGUCUAUGAGCUGUUCAACCAGCUUAAACACCAGACCAUGUUCCCUCUUCUUUUCAUUACGAGUACAACGAGUGCUUCACUGCCUCCGAGUACCUUUCCAUCAAGUACGAGAACACCAAGUUCAACGGGUGGAUUCCCAGCUACCACCUUACAAUGCCCAGGCUGUUUCACAAGUUCGACGGAUCGGAGUACAAAAACGGUGAGUUGUUACCUGGUAACAUUCAAGCCCCUGCUUAACACACUUUACUUAGCCAGGAGUGCCCUUGAGUUCAGCUAUGGGUGCACUUGGCCAUCUGGGUCAUUUGACUGGUUCAAAAUUGUUGCUACUAGUUGGACGAAGAGGAAGAGAAGGGACUUUAAGCCCGAGUUGCUGGGAGUCUUGCCCAACGAAGUCAGGACUGUUCGUAACUUCACCCAGCGGGAGUUUGCAAACUACAUUUUACACUUGAAGAACUCUCGCGUGAUUUACAACUUCCCCAACGACAAAAUCAACUACUUUUACAUGUUGACAGGUUCCUCACUCUCAUUUUUAUGUUACACUCAGGUGGCAACGGCUUUGAAUCCAGGAGGUUGCUGUCAACGCUGUAUUAGUUAUUUUUUCUGGGCUUUGCAACUUGGUUAA